AUGCCCAUCUCGAGUCUUGUGGACCCGCUGGUACUUGAUAGGGAUCCCAACUUUGAGGUGACAUGGGCUGAAGAUGGAUCCGAUAUGCCUCGCAACUGGCCAGCGUGGUACAGAGGCACGGUCUUGGCAUCUAUCUCUUUCGCAACACUGGUAGUCAUUAUGACCUCGACUGCCUACUCACCAGGUAUACCUGGCAUGAUGGACACAUUUGGAAUCAAGAACAGGACAAUACCGAUUCUCGGCGUUACCACCUAUCUCUUCGGCCUAGCCUUCGGCCCCCUUGUUCUGGCUCCAUUAAGUGAAAUCUAUGGGCGACGACCAGUGUAUAUCGUCUCGCUAUUGUUGUUCUCUAUCUUUCUAGUACCCAGCGCGAUGGCACGGAAUUUCGAAACUAUACUCGUAACACGGUUUUUCGCUGCGUUUGUUGGCUCGGUGGUUAUGUCUGGAGCCCCAGGUACAUUGAGUGAUAUUUGCGACGAUGAGACGAGGACCCGCUAUCUAUCAAUAUGGAUCCUAGGAGCGGUCAAUGGGCCAGUUAUUGGACCCAUCUUUGCAGGCAUCAUCUUUCAAUACGCCGGCUGGAGAUGGAUAAGCUGGUGGCUCGUUAUCCUCGCUUUCAUUGCUUGUGCUCUGAUGACAGUGGUCAAAGAAACCAAUGGUAAUGCUAUAUUGAGGACGCGGUGCGAGCUUCUCAAGACCGUAGAUGGGAGGUUCUGGACACGAGCCAUGUCCGGUGCAAGUCUUCCAAUUGGGGAUCGCCUGAGGGCCUCUUUGCGUCAGCCAAUACUUAUGAUCUUCACAGAGCCGAUUUGUACCUUUUGGGACCUAUAUGUCGGUUCCGUUUACGCGAUCUUAUAUCUAUGCAUCGUGGGCUACCCGAUUGUGUUCACUCAAAUACGCGGCUGGAGCCCUGCCACGGCAAGCCUACCGUUCCUUUCCAUCGGUCUGGGCAGCUGUCUUACCGUGAUAGCAGAACCAGCAAUCCGGCGGGUUACAAGACGACUUAACACUCAAGCCACCACUUCGGUCGACCCUACACUACUGAUCAUCCUCGCGGGUGGUAUCUUACUCCCUAUGGGACAGCUUCUCUUCGCGGUCUCCGCAGCGCCUCCAAACUCGCCAGUCGUUGCAAUUCUAGCAGGCAUACCUCUGGGCGUCGGCAACAUGCUCAUAUUCCUCUACGUCGCUGACUACCUAGCGAUGACUUACAAGGCCCACGCUGCUAGCGCUUUGGCGGGCCAUGCAUCAACGCGCUACAUGGGCGCCGCGCUGCUGCCUCUAUUGGCUCCGGUCAUGUAUGGUCGCUUGGGUGCGCUAGUCACUGGACUGAUACUGGCGGCCGGUCUGACGAUGCUUGCUGCAGUGCCGAUUAUUUUUAUCAAGUGGGGAUUGUUGUUUAAGGAAAAGAGCCAACUAGCACAUGACAGCGAGGUUUGCAAAGUGAAGGGAUGUAAUUCGACAUGA